AUGGAAAAACUGCUGAGACCCGAUCGUUUUGAAGCAGACCAAAAUUCACCCACAGCAGCCAAGGAGUGGUCUCAUUGGAAGAAAUUGUUCCAAAAUUAUAUUGCAGAGGCCAAACUAAAAGAGGAGGAUAAAUUAAAGGUACUCAUUAACUUUUUAAGCCACUCAGUGUAUGACCAUAUAAGCGACUGUAAAGAUUUCAGUGAUGCUAUUAAAAUUCUAGAUGGUAUUUAUAUAAAGCCUAAAAAUGAAAUAUUUGCCAGACAUCUAUUAGCCACAAAGAAACAACUGACAAGUGAAUCUAUUGACCAAUACUUGCAGUCUCUAAAGAUUUUAGCUAAGGAAUGUACAUUUAAAGCCGUUAGUCCCUCACAGUAUAAGGAUGAGUACAUAAGAGACGCAUUCAUUAAUGGUAUCAUGUCUAAUAGCAUCCGUCAACGUCUGUUAGAAAACGACGAACUAAGUCUAGAACGAGCAGUGAUGCAGUCACGAGCGCUAGAGAUGGCACAAAAGCAGUCUGAAGCCUACUCUAUGCCUGUAGAAUCUAUAAAUCAUGUAAAUACCGAAGCAGAAGACGAACAAUCUGAAUCAAUGAUCGCAGCCAUCCGACAAAAAUGUUUUUUUUGCGGGUAUGACCGGCAUCCGCGUAGCUCUUGUCCAGCUAGGGAAGCUGUGUGUAGGAAUUGUGACAAAAAAGGUCAUUUCUCCAAAGUUUGCAAAUUAAAGAAAACUCAAAACUCAAAUAAGUCUAAUACAACUACUUCGGCUUUUAUUGCAAAUCUAGCCUGCAUCUCUGCAAACUUACCGGGUGCUCUAUCAAAAACAGUUAUUAAAGUUAGAGUCAAUGAUAUGGAAGCAAAUGGUCUAGUGGAUACUGGAGGUUCAAGUAGCUUCAUAGAUGAUGAAUUUGUCCAGUAUCAUAAAAUAAAGGUAUUUCCUAAGAAGGGACAGGUAGUUUUAGCAUCUGCAGAGCAUUCAUCACACUUAAAAGGGUUUGUUUGCGUAGACUUAUCAUUGCAAGGGCACGUGUAUAAAGAUGUCAAAUUAUCAGUACUGUCAAAAUUAUGCACUGAUGUUCUCAUAGGUCAUGAUAUAUUACAGAAACACUCUAAAGUAGAAGUUACCUUUGGCGGGCCUAAAUCCCCUUUAUUAAUCUGUAAUAUGUCUUCAACAGCAAUAGAACCAAAUGUAAUAAAACCCAUGCCCUCAUUUGUAAUAGAACCUCCUCGCCUUUUCAAGAACCUAGCUUCCAACUGCAAACCUAUAGCUGUCAAAUUACGCCAAUAUUCUGAGGAGGACUAUACAUUUAUCAAGGAUGAAAUAAUUAAAUUAUUAAAUGAAAAUAAAUGUCAGUAUUCUAUGCAAACAAUUACACUUCUUGGACACCAGAUCACGAAUAAAAGUGUAAGUCCAGACCCAGAUCGAUUGAAGCCUCUUUUGAAUCUACCUCCACCCAAGGACGCCAAAUCAUUAAAGAGGGUUUUAGGUAUGUUUUCUCAUUAUUCAAAGUGGGUUAGAAAAUUCUCAGACAAAAUCCAUAAUCUAAUACUUUGUAAGUCAUUCCCUAUGUCAUCAUCUGCAAUUGCUGAUUUUGAAAGUAUCAAGCUAGACAUUGCCAAUUCAGUAAUAAGUUCUAUCAGUGGUGAUGAGCCCUUAGUAGUUGAGAGCGAUGCCUCAAACCAUGCGUUAGCAGCAACACUUAGUCAGAAUGGGCGCCCUAUAGCAUUUUUCUCAAGAAGUCUCUCGAAUUGUGAAAAGAAACACCCAUCUAUAGAAAAAGAAGCUUAUGCAAUUGUAGAGGCAUUAAGGAAAUGGAGACAUUUUUUAAUAGGGAGGCAGUUCAAACUUAUAACGGAUCAAGAAGCCGUAUCUUUUAUGUUUAACUUGAAACAUUCAAGUAAAAUUAAAAAUGAUAAAAUUAUUAGAUGGAGACUUGAGCUUUCUUGUUUUAGUUUUGACAUACAAUAUCGCCCAGGAAAGGAAAACACUGUGGCUGACACUUUCUCAAGAGUAUGCGCUGUUGUAAAUAACUCUAACAUGUUAUCUGAUUUACACAAAUCUCUAUGUCAUCCAGGUGUUACUAGAAUGUUCCACUGGAUCAAGAGUAAGAAUCUACCAUUUUCGAUUGAAGAUAUAAAGAAGUUGACCAGUAGCUGUAAUGUAUGUGCAGAAGUAAAACCAAGGUUCUACAAAAAACAAGAAGGUCAUCUUAUAAAAGCUACUUCACCAUUCGAGCGAUUGAAUAUUGAUUUCAAGGGACCGAUACCAUCUAAGACUGGAAAUAAUUAUAUCCUUACAAUCGUAGACGAGUUUUCUCGCUUUCCUUUUGCCAUACCAUGCAGGGAUCUGAGCUCAGCCACAGUGAUAAAGUGUCUGUCCUACCUAUUUUCUAUAUUUGGUAUGCCAGCAUAUAUUCAUUCAGAUCGAGGAGCAGCUUUUCUCUCUCAAGAGCUCACAACUUUCCUGUGUACCCGAGGCAUUGCCACUAGCCGUACAACGCCCUAUAAUCCCGCAGGGAAUGGUCAGGUCGAACGGUAUAACGGAAUUAUCUGGAAGACUGUCCAGUUGGCUAUAAAAACAAGAGGAUUGAAAUUAGAACAGUGGGAAGCUGUAAUAGCUGAUGCCUUACAUUCCAUUCGGUCUUUGCUAUGUACUGCUACCAAUUGUACACCACACGAACGAUUUUUCGCUCAUCCUCGGCGCUCUUCAAAUGGUGGAACACUUCCGUCAUGGCUCAGCUGCCCCGGGAAAGUCUUCAUAAAGAAACAUGUACGUGCUUCGAAGUACGAGCCAUUAGUGGAAGAAGUGGAUUUAGUCGAAGUAAAUCCUGAAUACGCUUUAGUACGCUAUGAAAAUGGUAGAGAGUCAAAUGUUUCGUUAAGAGAUCUAGCACCUGUGGGUGACAGAACAUUAUAUGAAGAACCUUCAGACAGAAUAGAUCCAAAAACAACACUUCAAGACACUCCAACCACAAGUGAGCCAAAGGAAGAGAUGAUUCAAACAGAUGCUAGUACAGAAGGAACAUCAAAUGAACUUGAUGGACCUCGGAGAACCACCAGAAAUAAAUCAACCCCUAAAUACUUAAAAGACUAUGUCACUAAUUAA